AUGGUAGUUGGUGUGGUUAUAUUGAUUACCUAUGUUCUAACUAUUUUAGCCAGUGCUGUAAAUAUCCUGUUCAUUAUUUUUGACAGGAAAUUACACAAACCAAUGUAUCUUCUGAUUUGCAACCUUGCUGUUGUUGAUAUAGUGUACACCUCCAGUGCCAGUUUAACGCUCGGGGCCAUGCUCGGUCCAUCUCUUUUAAAUCCUUUGGUGUAUUGUCUUAGGACAAAAGAGAUCAGAUGUAAGCUCUUCAAGGUAUUCAAAAAAGAUUUUACAUCUCAGUAG